AUGGAUGUGAAGCAAGACGUCCGCAUAGUUAAUUAUUUCUUCAAAUUUGGAAAGCUAUUAGGCGUCACUCCUUUGAAUAGAGAAAACCAUUUUACAUUAUGUGUAAUUUACAAGCUUUACGUUCUCAUUCUCCUCAUCUCAACAAUAUUUGGAAGUUUAUUUUCAAUAAUCAGCAGAUAUACUGGCUUUUGGACACAGAGUACAAUAUCGCAAGUGAUUCUAGAAAGCGUGGAAAUCAUCUCGGAAAUGCUGUUCAUGAUCUGCACCUUCCUUGGAGCUCUCAGAUAUGGAAAUAUCUGGAAAGAUAUAUUCUCAACCCUUGAAAAGGUAGAUAACGAGCUAAGGAUGGAGAAACUAGUAUUAUUUGAAACUGACAAAUAUUGGUAUAUUGUGAAAAUUGUUUUAUUCCAUUUCGCGUACUUCUGUCUCCACGCUUACGAAUUAUUGAUGUGGACUGGAAAAUCGUCAAGAGUCAAUGAGUACGGCUACAUCCUGUAUAGAAUCAUCAUGUAUUACCAGUUCUUCAUGACUUUGUUUGCAGUGAAAAUUAUAGAAGUGCUCCAAUCUAGAUUCCAAGACUUGGAGAAGAUUUUGAAAGAAGUUUCGUCAAGGAGUAAUAUCAUCAUUUCUAAAACUGAUAACAACAUCCUAAAGAGAUUAUGGAAGCUGCGGAAGCUGUAUGGAUCACUGUAUAAUGUCCACCAGAAUGUUAAUUUGGUGUUUCGGUAUUCAAUUUUCUAUGGGACGCUAUCGAAUAUUUUGAUUGUUUUGGGAGAUUUGAAUUACAUCGUGCAAUUCGCACAUACGAGCGAUGAAGAAUUCAACAUCGGUGUUUCCUUCAUCAAUACUCUCUACUCAGUAUUUUAUUCAACUGCAUCAGUGUCCAUAGUAAUGAGCUGUGACAGACUGGAGAAAAUUGGCCAAAAUAUGGUGACGACGUGUUAUUUAUACAGGAAUAUUUUCGAAAAAACGACAGUUACUAAUGAGUUCGUCUCAUUGGCAGAGUAUACCAACAAUAUGAUACCCACUUUUUCAGCUGCAGGAUUUUUUCAAGUGAACCAACAGUUGAUGUCAACCCUCAUUUCUGCGAUUAUAACAUAUUUCAUCAUUAUUAUUCAGUUCAAUUUAAGAUUCUGAAUAAAAAUAGUGUUAGUGUAGAAAAGA